AUGCAACAAUUACCUGCCUUGCAUACAUAUGCGCAUCUCUUAAAGAGGUGAAAAAAUUCGAUGGGGAUUUUAAAAAAUGGAUUGAUGGGCUUAUCAAUAAAAAUUCGCAGGAGAAUUUUUGGAGGGAUGUUAAAAACGAAAUGAAAAAUAUUAAGGAAAAUCUUAAGGAAUGUUCUGACGAAGGCGAGAUGACUGAAUGGGUAAAGAAUCAUUUAGCUUCAGUUAAUAACGAAAAGAUAAUGCGAGAAGGUUCUGUUAAAUAUCUGUUUGCAUUCGAUGAAGCUCGUAUUCUGGUUAGUGAGAACGUUGAAAACAAGAGCCUGUUCUACUAUAUGCGACGUGCUUUAAGUUUUUUUCCCAAAAAAGCUGGCAUUUUUGCAAUCUUUACGGACACACAUUCAAAUAUUUCGGACUUUUCGCCUGCUUCUUACCGCGAUCCAUCUUUAAGAGUUGCGAAAGGAGGGCCUUUGUGGGGUGCACUAUUAUCACCUCCUAAUGAAGCUAAAGGAAUGAAACCAGAGCACAUUGUCGAAUUGGCAAUGGACAAGCUUAUUGGUGGAGAGGAUUUCAGUAAUUGGAGGAAAAAAUUUCAAAAUAAAAUUGGUAUUUUGGAAACUUUGGCUAUUCUUGGACCACGUUUAUGUAUCGAAAUAGUGCCACAAACUGGGAUUGC